UCAAACGGCAUCCCUUUUCUUUACGGAUGUAUGAAACGACAAGGUGUGUUGACGUGAACGGCGUACUUCAAAUCUGGUGUAAAGAAAACCACAAGUCUGGAACAUUCCGAGUACUCUUCCUGAGCUCAGACCCUCAGGCCAUGGCGUUUCGUAUCGUGAGGUCAAUGGCGGCGUCACGGCCAUCGUUGUCGGCGUCCGAAAUCGCUUCCCCGGCGAUCAACGGUCGCGAGCUUUCUAAUUUCGGUCGGGCUUUCGCCUUUUAUUCGUCUUCGUCCUCUUGGUGGUCGUCUCCAGAUGAUUUGACGGCAGGAUCGAAGAGACGGGAGAAGAAGACUACAGACCGUUUCUCAGCUGUGAUUCACGCAGUCCAUGACCGGAAACUCCCACCGGAGCUACGUGGGCGGCGCGAUUUUGUAAGUUCCUGCUGCGUCGACUUCAUCUCUUCAGGGGGAAAUGAAGGAUGUGAAUCUCUUCUCGUCCUCCCCAAUCUAAAACUGAAAGUGCUGAUUGAAGCCAUAAGGAUGGUUCUAGAGAUUGUGUAUGAUGAUCGAUUCGCGACGUUCUCGUACGGUGGGCGUGUUGGUAUGGGUAGGCACACAGUGAUUCGUUACCUGACAACUCGGUGGAGAACCCACGCUGGUGGUUUCGUGUUUCGUUUGCUCGAGAGAUGUUCGAUGAACGGAAUGUGGACAAACUGUGUGGUUUCUUCGGAGAGAAAAUCAGCGAUGUGGAAGAGGAUUUCCACAAGAAUGAGGAUUGUCUUCGAUCUUACCAAUGUUUACUUUGAUGGACUUGACAAGGAGAUUCAAGAUAUGAGGCUUAGGAUGAAACUGAAGAAUCCUAAGGAAUCUACAGUGGAUUUGAAGAAGCGGUUUGUAGACAUUUUGGAACAGAGGCUAGACCUGAAAGUAGAUAGAGUGAACACAGCUAUUCAUAGUGCAGUGUCAGAGAAGAUAAAGUUUUUAGGGAUGUAUCUUCAGGCUGUUCCACCUUUGGUUUUGCGCCCGCCUAUGUCUGAGAAGGCGGUCAGAGCAAUGAAGAAGUAUGAGAGACAGAAGGAAGUUAGGAGACUGGAGUUGAGAAAUGCGAGGGAGAGGAACCGGAAGAAACUGGGCCUGAAAGUAUUUAGACACGUCUUGAAGAAACUCAAGCAGAGCAACGGGUUCAAAUGUGAGUAUGAAAUAGAGAAUGAGGUCAGGGAUGUUUUCCAGAGAUGGGGAGAAGAAGUAAUGCAAGAGUUUAUGGGGUGUCUCGAGGAGCGGUGGAAAUGGCAUUGGCUUCUCACUAGAGGAGAUUUUCUCUCUUUGAGGCACAUACGAGAGAAGUUACCACAAGACCUGACUGAUGCUUAUGAUGAAUUUCAAGAGCAGGUGGACAAACAUUUGGCACAGACUCGGGCUAAAAAGGUACUGGAGGAUGAGGAGAUGAGAGCACAAGAAGAGGAGAAACAGAGAUAUGCUGAGAGGACAGUUGAGGACUUGACCAAGUUGUGCAUGAAGGUGUUAGCCCCAGAGGAACUUGUAAGAAAGGCUGUUAAAUUAGUUGGGUUCUCAAACAGCAUGGGCCGGCCACGGCCUUUCAGCCACCUUUUGGCUCUUGAGGAUUCUGAUAUCAUCAAAUGGUAUGCGGGUGUAGGGCGUAAAUGGCUUGAUUUCUUCUGCUGCUGCCACAAUUAUAAGACGGUCAAAAUCAUUGUAAGUUAUCAUAUGAGGUUCUCCUGUAUUUUGACACUAGCGGAGAAGCACAGGUCCACCAAACGUGAAGCUAUAAGACACUAUAGGAAAGAUCUCAAAGUGUGUGACCAUCUUAACGGGAGAGAAAAGGUGCAUUUUCCAUUGGAAAGAGAGGUGAAGAUGAUGCGGGACAAGAACCUCACAGACCCGAGACCUGUGGAUGGGACACUGACUUUGCUUUUGAUCAGGCUUGCAUCUGAUGAGCCAUUGCAUUCUUGUGCUGCUAGCUUCUGUGAAGGAUCAGAUACAAUCAUGUACCGUGUACAUCUACUGCAAAACCGUCUGCGUAUCAACUCACAAGACGAAGAGAAAUGGUUCAUGAAUAAC